AUGAAUUUAGGAAACGAUAACGUUAUUAAAGAUAAGUUGGCUGAACUUGAAGAUAGCAGUCGCCGAAAUAAUUUGAGACUUAAUGGUAUAGAAGAAAAGGAAAUUGAAACCUGGCAAGAAACUGAAGGUAAAAUAAAACAACUUUUAAAAGAUAAAUUGGCACUAAAUAGUAAUAUUGAAAUUGAAAGAGCUCAUAGAGUUGGAAAAAAGGAGUUGGAGCUUUCAAACUCUUGCAAAGAUAGAUCAGAAGAUAGUUCAGAAGAUAGUUCAGAAGAUAGUUCAGAAGAUAGUUCAGAAGAUAGUUCAGAAGAUAGUUCAGAAGAUAGUUCAGAAGAUAGUUCAGAAGAUAGUUCAGAAGAUAGUUCAGAAGAUAGUUCAGAAGAUUGUUUAGAAGAUAGUUCAGAAGAUUGUUCAGAAGAUAGUACAAUUAUCCAUUUGUAA